GUAAUUGUAUCCUCUUCUUGAUAAUGACCCCAGGUACUUACAUUCCUGAUAUAAGUGAAAUGUAUAAUGUAUUGUACCACUUAUAAGUGAUCAAGAAAGAAAAAGAGGAGCUGCCAUUUAACAUAUACAACGGAUCUAUAUCAUGUUUCUCUUGAAUUAAAUAUAUAAAUUUACAAAUGUGUUCCUUUCCUGUCUCUGAGAGAGAGACUUUGGUUCCAAGUAAAAGUAGAGGUUCUUUAGGAAUACUUGUUGGUAGCCUUCCUUCCAAAGCACAUAUAAAUGUCCCUUCUUUUGCUUCUGAUACUGUGCUUACCGUGCCCUUCAUGGAAGGAAUAUUGAAAAGGGAAGACAAAAGAAGAAUAAAGUAAUAAUAUGAACCAUGACAAAGAACUAUGGCUUCCUCAUCUGCAUACUUGUGAUGGUCAUGGAUAUUAUAGCUGGCAUACUUGGAAUUCAAGCAGAAAUAGCUCAGAAUAAGGAAGAGCACAUGAAGGUGGGGGUAUUUGAAUGUAGAGUUCCAAGCUAUCAAGCCUUCAAGCUAGGAUUAGCAGCCACAAUUCUGUUGGCCCUGGCUCAUGUAAUUGCCAACUUGCUUGGUGGCUGCAUUUGUGUGUGGAGCAGAGAUCAAUACACAAAAGCCACUGCCAACAGACAAUUAGCCGUGGCUUUUCUAAUUUUCUCAUGGAUGAUAUUAGCAGUUGCAUUCUCCAUGCUGAUAAUAGGCACAUUAGCCAACUCAAGAUCAAAGCAAUCUUGCAAUAUAUUGAACCAUAGGCUGCUAUCCAUUGGAGGCGUUCUAUGCUUCAUCCAUGGAUUGUUCGUUGUUCCUUAUUACGUUUCUGCCACUGCCACAAGAAGGGAAGAAUCCAAGAGGCUAGAACAACCCCGGCCUAUCCCAGGACACACGUAAAAUAAUCAUAUAUACAACGUAACAUUCAAAUUGAUACAUAAAAAAUGUACAAUUAUUACUCCAACUUUUUUUUAUUCGUUUUCUCUAUACAUGUAGCAGAGUGAAAUUGUCAAGUUAACAUGACCCUUACGGGUUUCUAGGCUUUGAUGCAAAAAUCAUUAGAAAGAAAAUUGUAUUUGGUAAUUGUGAUGCUUCAAUAGAAAAAAGAAGCAUACAUCUCACUAUCUCAGCAUGUACUAUUUCAUGAAUGGAAUUAUUGUGCAAGCUUCACGUGUAACUCAAA